UGACUGAGCUCUUUUGCCCCAGUAGCCUACACAAUCUUACAUUUAUUACCAUUCCGUCGCGAUCGAAUAGGAUUAAUCUCCACCCAGUUCAAUGCUCAGCGGCUUUAUCUGUUCUCACAUUCACGUACUGCAUCAAGCCGGUCCCAGCGUACUAUCUUCUUCCACAGAUACCAUACAUCAUAACUUACUAACAAUUCUGCAUUUUGUUCUCGUGUUUGCUUCCCAUUCGUCAUAUAUGGCUGAGCUUUCGGACCACGAUUGUGAUAUCAUCGCAAAUCUUCCUCUAAGCAACUCACUAUACCGAUUACAAGAUCUACUUCAAGAAGCAGAACAAAAAUAUAAUGACACCUCUGACCCUCGGGAUGAAAUUUGCCAACAGGCAAUAUCAAAACUCCUUACCACCUUGAUGGGGGAGAGAGCUGCGUUCAAACUUGGCUCACGAACCGGCGAUGAAAACCUUGCUUCCGAUCUCGCCAGUUUAUUCAGGCGCCUCCAACAAGGCCACCUCACCUAUGACCACUGCCGAGCGUUGGUGCGGCUCGUCAUUCAAAAAGACCUGAACAUCGAUAUCUGGAAGGCCGUCCUCAACCUCAUCACUACCAGCUCGCGAGCGACCCUUCCGGCGAGCAUCCCCCCCUCCUUUGACGGCACGCCGGUCAAAUCCACCUCAUCAUCACAGAAAGGUUCUGAGCAGACAUGUGAGUUGGUGAAUCCAAGAAUCUUUGAGGAGAUAUGUGGCUGCACAUUUCGAGAUGUCGAGGGCUUCUUUGACAAAUACUUUGAGAAGAAAGAUUGGAGUGACAAAGUAGAUAUCAUUUGUCAACGCGUGCUGGACCCAGACAGUGAUGGUAAUUGGGCCCAGUUUCCUGAUCCUCCUACACAGGAUGCUGUCCUCGCCUGGUGGUUUCAUCUUCAAGCAGACCUUCUCUCGGAAUCACGCAGCAUCUACUACACUACAGCAAGCAAAGCAGAUCUUACUGGUUCAAAGGCGGAACGGCAAGUUGACCUUCUUUUGCGAGCUAGGGGUGGGAGCAUCUCACAAAACAAACAUAACUGGAGAGACAUCCUGGUGGUUGGCGAGCUAAAAAAACCGAAGGAGAAGAUUGGGACCAAAACCACACUGCUGCAGAUCAGCCGCUGUGUGCGUGAGGUCUUUGCUGCACAGCCCACCCGGCGGUUCAUCCACGCAUUCGCUGUCUGCGGGACCAAGCUGGAGGCGUGGGUGUUUGACCGCUCGGGCCCCUACAGCUCGGGCGUCAUCAAUGUUUACACAGACUCAAGACGGUUCUUUCAGGUGCUUGUGGGCUACACCAUGAUGAGUGAUGAGGAGCUGGGACUGGACACUUUUAUUUCUAGGGAUGAAGGCGGCAGCAAAUCAAUAACUGUCAAAAGACCUGGAAGCUCUGAAAAAACAGUGCUGCGACUGGGUGAAAUGCUUUCCUUUCAACGUGCCAUUGUGUGUCGCGGGACCACAUGUUUUCUCACAAACAAUGGACAAGUGGAGGGUGUAGCCAAAUUCUCAUGGGUGUCGGACAGGCGGCGGCCGGAGACGGAACUCCUCGAGCUAGCAGGCCAAAAAAAUGUCCAAGGGGUCGCAAGGAUCAUCGGCCACAGUACCAUCACUUGUAUCGCCGACAUGCGCUGCGGCCUGACCUUCAACAAGCGCCACGACUUCAAAAGCGCACCCCCCAGCAGGGCCUCCUCAUUUCAUCAAUCUCAGCCGCUCGCCGAGCCCUGUCGCUUAGAUAUCCGUCGAAAGUCAUCUUCCAGGAAGCGCAGAUCCCCGGACAAGGGGCUGCAGGCGUCCAAACGAUCACGUUCCAUCAAUAAACCGUUGAGGGACACCACCCAGCAGAAGGACGAACUAGCUUUCUCCGUUCAGUCAGCACACAAGCCGAGCCUCUUCAAUAAGAAUGGUGAGGAACUGUAUGACAACCGUGUCCUCCGCUGUCUUGUGAUAUCACCCACUGGCCGGCCGAUCUACAAGUAUGAAUCACCCUUAGAGCUGCUCAUGGCACUUCGCGAUGCAAUAAAGGCGCAUCGGUCUCUUUAUCUGGAUGGAAACAUUCUUCAUCGGGAUAUUUCAGAGAACAAUAUAAUAAUAACUGAUCCGGAAAAGGCGGAUGGUCACUCUGGAAUGCUAAUCGAUCUGGAUCUUGCUAAAGAAGUUGGUAGUGGGCGAAGCGGCGCACGGCACCAGACUGGCACAAUGGAGUUCAUGGCAAUUGAGGUGCUGCUUAAUAUCGAUCAUACCUAUCGGCAUGACCUCGAGUCUUUUCUUUACGUGCUUAUCUGGCAGUGCGCCCGUCAUGGCUGGGGGAAGAAUAACCAUCCUAAGGAUAGUAAACUUCGUGCCUGGUAUACUGGUAACUAUGAGGACAUUGCAAAUGCCAAGCUUGGUCAUAUGAGCAAAGCUGAAAAUAUGGGAUUCGGGUUCAUUUUGAGGGAGUUUCCUCCAAAGUUCCGUGAUGUUUUACCACUUUGUGAGGCCCUACGAGACAUACUCUUUCCUUACAAUGACAAAGGUCUUAUUGUUGGCACUUCUCAAGACCCAAACCGCUUAUAUGAUCCUAUUAUUAAGGCAUAUGAUGACACAAUUGCUCAAUUUGAACUUGAGACCCUCACUAGUGAUAAAUAUGUUUAGUGUGCUCUCAGGGUUAAUGUCAUGUCCUGCUGAUUUGCUGAGUUAGAUAGUUGAUUUUUGAUAAUAUUAUUUUUCAUUUACUUAUUUCUCUGAGGAGUUUAUUAAUACUCAUUGUAAAGGACCCGACCAUCAUCUAGCUACAUGCAAUAUCGGCGUCCUGGGAGCCUGGGGAAUCUCCGGUAGAAGUAGAAUCAGAAUGCCUGCAGAGCUUUGCAGACUAUGAGCAUUUAAAUUCUUAUAUUAAUUAGAGUGUUUUUAUAAACUUCAAAGAUUAACAUCUUUAUAAGAGUAUCUGCAGUUAUAUCAGUAGUAUUCACUCAUUUAAUCUUGAUAAUGUCUGAAGCAGCAGUAUCACAGACAUGAUAAUAUUGUAUAUUUAUAUAGUAUAUAUUGC